ACAUACUACAGUUUGACAUAUGUGCUCCUAGACUAAAUUUACAGGACAAGCAGGCUGCAGAAGUGUAGUUAACAAGGAUGUUGGAUUUUGAUUUUGUUGGACUCCUUUCCCUUCACUAUGGAUCUGGUAGACACUGUAGGCUGUAGAGAAUUGUCUAACUGGUUAUGAACUUAUGUUAGCUUCACGCACAGCCACAGCCUUCCCCUCCCCAACCACUACUAUACAACGGUUACAACCCGUCUCCUUACCUUCCAGGCAAGCAGGUUACUCGCACAUGCUUAUUAGGAGGGCGAAGAGGGUGGAUCUGUGGAAGAAACAGGUUACUUGCACAUGCUUAUGAGGAGGGCAAAGAGGGUGGGUGAAGUUCUUUAAUUCUUUGCCAAACGAGCUCAACUAACUACUAUUAUGGGCUUAUGGUUCUCAACCUCUAUCAUAGUGACUAGUCGUAGUAUGUGGGACUACACUACUAAUUUUGCCUUUAAAUUAUCCUUCGGUGUACUGGGUGAGCAGGUCCUUACAUGUGCCUUGUUGAUUCAUAAAUUGCACAAGUUUAGCAUGAGAUGCAUCUUUGAAAGUUGGUUAGAGCCUCUCAUAAUUUAUUCAUCGCAAAUUGGGUAGAGCCUUUCAUUAUUCGUAGUAUGAACAACUCCGCCAACAAAAACCGCCACAUGGUGGCGAUGCCGUACCCCGGCAGAGGCCACGUAAACCCCAUGCUAAACUUAUGUAAGCUUAUCCUUACAAAAUCCAAUGAUAUCCUCAUCACUUUUGUUGUCACUGAAGAAUGGCUUAGCUUCCUCAGCUCUGAGUUCCCACAACCACCGGCUAACUUCCGGUUCGCUUCACUUCCUCAAGUCAUACCUUCUGAAAUAGGCCGAUCCGGUGAUUUUCCCGGGUUCGUAGAAGCUGUACUGACCAAGCUUCAGGACCCCUUUGAGCGGCUCUUAGACCGACUCGAACCGCCAACAACAGCUAUUGUUUACGACAUGAUUUUGUAUUGGAUUGUCGGUGUUGGGGAUCGUAGGAAUAUUCCGGUGGCAAUACUUGUUACGUUCUCGGCUUCCUUCUUAUCUGUUGUUUCUCACUUCGACUUGUUGAUCCAACAUGGUCAUUUCCCCGUUCAUGUAUCAGAAAGAGGAGAUGAGAUUGUGGACUAUAUUCCGGGUCUCCCCUCAACAACUAUUGCGGAUUUGCCAACAUUCUACCAUGGAGAUGGCAGGAAGAUAUUACACCGUGUACUCGAAGCAGUUGCUGUUAUGGGCAAUGCACAGUAUAUUCUGUCCACAUCUAUCUAUGAAUUUGAAGAGCAAGUGAUAGAUUGCCUUGAAUCAAAAUUUCCUAUUCGAAUUUAUAACAUUGGUCCAAUGAUACCAUACUUCAACCUUAGUAGUGAAUUAGUUGGAGAUUCUAACAACGAGGAGUACUACUUCAAGUGGUUGGAUUCUCAACCAAGAGGCUCAGUGUUGUACAUUUCUCAAGGAAGUUUUCUUUCAGCCUCAAAUGAUCAAAUCCAAGAGAUUGUCGCGGGCAUUAAGGAGAGUCGUGUCGAAUUCAUGUGGGUAACUCGCGGUGAUAAUUCAAGAUUCAAAGAUGGAGACAUUAGUGAUCAAGACGGAAUUUUAGUACCUUGGUGUGAUCAAUUAAGGGUGUUGUGUCACCCUUCUACAGGAGGAUUUUGGACGCAUUGUGGGUGGAAUUCGACUUCAGAAGGUAUAUAUGCUGGUGUUCCUAUGCUCACUUGUCCUAUAUUUUGGGAUCAAACUCUCAACAGCAAGUUCAUUGUGAAUGAUUUGAAGAUUGGAUGGAGAAUGAUAAAUAAUGACGCGGGAAAAUUAGUUUCAAGGCAGGAAAUAGCACGACUUGUAAGAAAGUUUAUGGACCCUGAAAAUGAUGAUCGAAAGGAGAUGGUUAGAAGAGCAACAAAUUUCCGUGAUACUUGUAGAAAGGCAAUUUUCGACGGAGGUUCAGCUGCUUCUGACCUUGAGGCUUUCUUCAACAAAAUUGGUAAUGCAUAAGUAAAGUUAUGACAUUAUGAGGUACUUAUUAUAUUGUCCUAUGCUUGUUUUUAUUUGUAGCAAAUAUUAAAACUAAAAAGAAACGGAGAAGGAAGUAUUUAUAUUAAGCAAUUGUUGAGUUGUCAUA